AUGGACACAUCAACCGGUCAGGGACCUGAAGGCAGAUCAGUAUUGAUUCUCUAUGGGUCUGAAACUGGCAAUGCACAGGAAGUGGCUGAGGAGUUGGGUGCCUUGACCGAGAGACUACGAUUCAACACACAUAUUUCUGAAUUGAAUCAGUCGAAGCCUGAUGCACUCCUAUCCCACACAUUGACCAUCUUCGUUGUAUCUACUACCGGGCAAGGCGAUCUGCCAGCGAAUGCACGGGCAUUUUGGAAAUUGCUGCUCCUCAAACGGUUAUCAUCGACGUACUUGAAAGGCGCUGAUUUUGCAACCUUUGGACUGGGUGAUAGUUCCUAUCCAAAGUUCAAUUGGGCAAUACGAAAGCUUUACAAGCGGCUGCUUCAGCUUGGUGCAAAUGAUAUAUAUCCCACAGCUGAGGCAGAUCAGCAACAUCCUGAGGGACUCGAAGGCACGUUCAUACCAUGGAUGACAGGGUUCAGAAAGCAUCUAUUGGAUAGACAUCCAAUGCCAUCUGGAAUACAUCCAAUUCCAGAUGAUGUUCGAUUACCACCGAAGUGGAUUUUACAGCUACGGAACGAAAGCGGCAAUACAGUACCGCGCCCCGAGACACUAGCAAAGCACACCGAUAUAGAUCAAAACCCCAGCUUGCGUCACAUAGAUUAUGAUGUUCGACCACUUCCAGAUACACUUACAGCAACACUGGUCGAGAACAGGCGUGUUACACCGCAAACGCAUUGGCAGGACGUUCGAUGUAUCACCUUGACCGCCUCAGAAUUCGUUCAAUAUGCCCCGGGUGAUAUGCUUGCUAUCACACCGAAGACCUCACCUGAAGAUGUUCAAAUACUGCUUGAUUUGAUGGACUGGAACGAACAAGCAGAUAAACCGAUUGUGCUCGUCCCAACUGGCCCCACCUUAACUACGUCUCCGAUACCUGGUCUUGACUCUUACCCUAACUUGACAUUGCGAUCGCUACUCAUAGACUAUCUCGACAUAAAGGCUAUACCGCGUCGAUCAUUCUUUUCUGCUCUCGUCCACUAUACCAAUGACGAAGUGCAAAAAGACCGCUUACUAGAAUUUACCAACACCGAGUAUCUCGAUGAGCUUUGGGAUUAUACCUCCAGACCGCGGCGCAGUAUUGUCGAAGUUCUUCACGAGUUUCACUCGGUCAAGAUCCCCUGGCAACAUGCCGUCUCUGUUCUUCCUGUCAUGAGAGCACGGCAGUUUAGUAUUGCCAGUGGUGGCGAACGAAAACGUACAGAAGAUGGAAAGACACAGUUCGAGCUUCUGAUUGCCAUCGUCAAGUACCAGACUGUGAUAAAAAGGAUUCGCGAGGGUGUCUGUACAAAGUACCUAGCAGCCCUGCGACCAGGCAGUGAGCUUCGAGUGCAGCUCCAGCCAGGCGGCCUCAAGUCAUCAGUUCAGCAAUUGACUGGGUCAACAGUACUAAUCGGCCCAGGUACCGGUAUCGCGCCACUUCGAUCAAUGCUAUGGGAAAAAGCAGCACUAGUUCAAGCUUACCGUGAACAAAACCCCGGAGUCGAGCCCCCAAUUGGACCGACAGUCCUACUUUACGGUGGCCGUAACCGCGCUGCAGAUUUCUUCUUCGAGGAGGAGUGGGACCAGCUGAGUAAACUUAUUCCAUUACAGGUACUCACUGCGUUUUCGCGUGAUCAGUCACCGAAGAUUUAUGUGCAAGAUACAAUUCGCCAGAACUUCCAGCUCUUUUUCCGUCUUCUUCAUGAACUGCAGGGCUCUGUGUACAUAUGUGGCUCUUCUGGAAAAAUGCCAUCUGCUGUACGAGAGGCUCUUAUUGAAGCGUUCCAAAAUGGUGCGGGAUCGCACCCGUAUACUCGGUCACAGGCGGGGGAAUACUUGAUUGACAUGGAGAAGAGCGGCCGAUAUAAACAGGAGACAUGGUAA